CGAGUAAGUUUAGUGCCUGCCUCUGUGAUUCGUGACAUUAUUGCCGUCGCUAGUUACCUACAAAGCGCCCGUCGAGCCCUUCUAAGUGUCACACCCUGGAAGGAGUUGAAUUUCGAGAGCAUCGGAUGCGCGGGAGCCUUUAACGACCACCAGGACGAGGUGGGAGGCAGUACGGUGGUAGCCGAGGGUGUAGUAGGCGGCAUAAGGGGCCCAGGCGGCGGGUGCCGCGCAUCCUCGAUGACGAUGGCCGAGAGCGCCGUGGAGGACGCUGCAGCCGCGCCCCCGGGUCCGGCCAAGCCGCCACCGCCCUCCUGUACAAACAACAACACCCUGGCGGCAACUGCGAACCGGAACCAUCGGAACCUCCGCAGACGGAAACGGCUCGAUCAGGUGGUGGACAUCCUGCAACACCGUAGCUCGCCCAGCGAGGGUGAGGUCCUCAAGUUCGAGGGCAGCGGGCCAGCGUCGGAGGAGGAAGAAGACGUGUUCGGUUCCCCCAGGACGUUCUCGAGAUCGGCAACGGACGCGCCGUCGGGCAUCAGUCUGCUGCCUCUCAGGCUGAAGAGCGAAGAGCCUGUGACGCCCACCGAGGAGCAAAGAAAUUCGAACGAUGACGAUCAACAGCAGCAGAAUCACCAUCCUCAUCAUCCUCACUAUCACCCUCAUCACUAUCGUCAUCGGCACAGGCAUCAUCACAGGAACAACGCGAAUCACGCGUACGAUCACCUUCACCCGCCUCAUCAGAGAUCCUCGACGCCCAAGUACGCUGGCUGCAGCUGCGUCCAGUGCUCCCAGUCCAUCUCCUCUCCGAUGGUCCUUCCCUCUCCCACCACCCCGCUCACACCCCUCACUCCUCUCACACCGCUCACUCCGCUCAACUUGCCGCCCCUCGCAUUGCCGCCCCUCACGCCAGGAUCCCUCUCGUCGUACAGCUUCGAGCAUUACAUGCACACCAAGUACCUGCCUGACAUCUUUCGAGGACGCAGUCACUCGGACUCGGACCUGGUGCCGGGAUGGGACCAGAAGCCACUGCUCUCGACCUCCUCGAUCUUCGUGAACCAUCCGUUGAGGUGCGGUUCCCUCGAGAGCGACACCACCAGUCCUCAGGAGUCGCCGUUGGAUCUCUCGAUGAAGAACCUGAUGGCGACUGCCGCGGCGGCGGUCGCCGGAAGACCACCAGCUCUGCAGCUGCUCCCUCCCGGGAUAGUGUCGAGGGGUUCCGUGAGCGUGCCCGUGGUGAAGGGCGACGUGGCGUCCCCGACGACGAAGGAGAGCGUCGCCGUUCGUUACAACCUCGAGGUCUCGCCCGUGGUCGAGGAGAUGCCUCCUGGCGCCGACGUGGCGUACGUCUGUCCCGUCUGCGGUCAGAUGUUCAGUCUGCACGAUCGUCUCGCGAAGCACAUGGCCUCGAGGCAUCGCAGACAGGGUCCCCAGGACGCCUCCGCCAAGGCGUAUCUCUGCGACGUCUGUAAGAGGAGUUUCGCCAGGUCGGACAUGCUCACCAGACACAUGAGGCUGCACACGGGCGUUAAACCGUACACGUGCAAGGUCUGCGGCCAAGUAUUCAGCAGGUCGGAUCACCUGAGCACGCACCAGAGAACGCACACGGGUGAGAAGCCGUACAAGUGCCCGCAGUGCGCGUACGCGGCGUGUCGCAGAGACAUGAUCACCAGGCAUCUGAGGACCCACGCCAGAUUCCCCGACGCUCAGACGCCUAAAACAGAACCUGGCCUCCUUGCCGGCGAGGACAGCCCGAUGUUCGCGCAGGAGAUGGCCUCGCCGUCGGCCACGAUCAAGGCCGAAUGACGACGGCAGGCUGGAUGACCACGUUUCUCUGCCGCGAUCCAUGCGGUUCUCGAGGAAGGGGACGUCCGGCUACGACGGAGAGGCUCUUGGCCGCCGUCGCGAGGUCCAAGCGACGUCGACGACUGGACGGGGGUUGAAGAGGUCAACGGCGGAAGGCAAGGGAUCGAUCUAUCCUGGAAUCGACGCGACGGUUCGCGAGAAUCGGAGACGAAGUCGCGGUAGAGUCGACGCGUUGACUGUCCGUUGACGGGCACCCGUAUCUCGAACGCCGGCUUCGUUUAGUCCUUUGCUUUUGGAAUUUAAUAUUUUAAGUAGCAAUGAAGAAUGUGGCAUUACUUAAGAGACUUAACGUGUUUAUCGCAAAAUUAAGAGAAAAGAAAAGGCUGAUGGGGCUUGCGUUUAAGGUACAAACGCGAUGGUCAAGGGCGAUUUCGAGUUAGAGAUUCAUUGAAUUCGGAACGGAUAUUGUCCGUGCUGAUAACAUAACAAAAAUUGUUGGUGCAUAGUACUUAGAAAAGAUGGUAGCCUAUUUAUCGCUAUGAAAAUCUUGUCUCUCUUAGAAUCGUAUUCGCGAUGCCAGUUACGGACAGUCAACGCGUCGAGAGGGUAGCUUGGUAGUUUUUAGUUAAGAACUGCGGUUUCUUUAUUGUUGCUUUUAUGAGAAGAAAUAAGGAGAUACAUUUUUUUUUUGAAAAUGUAAAAUUUGACCUGCUCGUCGUCGAUUCGAUAACUGAAACUAUUUUUUAUAAAAUAUCCAGAGCGUAUAGAUAUCGUCUUAUAAAAUUGAGAUUACCAGACUGCCCUCUUAACAAAAUUCUAAAAUUUUCGUAUAUUUUGUCUUAUAUCUUGAAGUCACGCCGUCGGUCUUUGAAUCAUACGCGAGUCGUUUUAAGGCGUGUUUGAGACUUCUGACAGUAUUACCGUAUCUCCUCGUCUUCCCCGUUGCAUCCCUAAAAAUUGCGCGACGCGCAUCUUUCGAGGUUCUUUGUCGCAAGUCAAGGACCGCUCGUGGCUCGUUUCAGCAACGUUCGCCGUUUUCAGCUGUAGUACGUUUCAUUUUACACUCUGUAAAGUCCAGAGUUCGUUAACUUCCCUAUUUUUUUUUGUUUUCCUAUUUUACUUGCGAAGAAGAUAGUUCGCAUUUCCUUUUUAUUUUAGUCGAGUCUCUUGCGCACGAAAACAGUGUUUUUUUUUCCUUUUGCGCAAGGAAUGCGCCGCGUGCGGUGAUUUAAAACUUUUAACCAAUUUUUUUUAGCUUUUCUGGAAUUUCUUAGAAUUGCCUCGUUGCUGGAACUUGUUCGAGUGGGCAACCUCCGUCGAAACCAAGACUACUCUUCCUCGGUCGAUACUCGUACACUCGAAACUCAAGCGAUCUAAAAGCAUUCCCACUAAACCGCGCGCCACGAAGAUCCACGAAAACGGUGCUUAAGCAAAUUUGUAGCCUUCACGUCGAUAUCGAUUCUUUCGUUUUCGGACACCAGAGAUGGGCAAAGUUGUUGUCCAGUGAUUGCCUUUGUACGUGCAUCUGUUUGUUACGUGAAAUAUAUACAUCUACGUAUGGUGUAUAUAUUUGUAUAUUUUAAUGUUUUUAAUUCUCGAUUACGCGUGUUGAAAGUGGUCAAAGGUGUUCGGUCGACUGUCGAAGAAGUAAGUGCCAAAUUUUUUCGGUCGAGAAACGGUUGACGAAUCUGUUAGUGGUAUCCAGAGAUGGGCAAACCUAUAUUAAUUACUCGUAACUAAAAUAAAAAAGUCACAACGAAUACAUCUUCCUUUUUUUUUUGUGUUUACACAAACACUUAACGUUAUUAUUUAAAUAAAAAUUAGAAUUCGAGUUGCAGGAAAAUUGCAAAAAUUACGAACAAUAUUUUGUUCAUCUCUGACGGUGUUCCUUUUACCUAUCGUUGAAAAGAGACAACGAUUUCCAUGCGAGAAAUGUUUGUUUAUCGGCGGUGUUCCUCUCGAAACUCGUCUAUCGUCGAUUUCGAGAAUCAAAAAUCGUCGAUUCGCCGAGCGAUCCAGCUCGAUGCUCGUACGCAAUCCUCGAGACGAUUGUUUGAAUGUUAGUAUAGUACCGAGGUUGCGUCGGUAGAGUUAGUUGUUAACGAUCGAACAGGAGAGAAUGUUUUUUUAUUGUGCGUUGCGAUAUUCCUCUUGAACGGCGUCGUGAUAUAUAUUUAUCGAAAAUUCGUUGUUAGGCGCGACUGAGAAACCGUUUUUUGAAACGUUGUACGAGGAAAUUGAAGCUCAAGGAUGGAGAACUCGAAGCGAAGAAAGAGGGUUGGGAGUUUUUCCUGGCGAAUGAAAGUAGAACGAACGUAACCGUACCUGCAGAAAAAAAGAAACUUAAAGCAUAAUAAAGCGUCUAGACGUAACGUUAAUUAGUGGGUAAUAUUGAUAUUAUUAUUGCGUUUUUAUUAUUAUUAUGAAUAUUAAUAUUAUUAUUAUUAUUAAUAUUAUUCGCAUAUUUCAAAGCGCGCGCGGAGGAGCAGAGAAAAAAAUAUUUUUUUAUAGAGAUCAGAUAUUUUCUGCCCAGAGAUGGGCAGAAUUCUUUCUAAACACAAAUUUCAAUUAACAAAUAAACGAUAAACUUGAUAAACGUGAAGUAAACUGUACCAUCGAAUAAUCGUCACCGAAUAAAUUGCUAUUCGUUAGUCGAGUAAAAAUUUGCUCGUCUCUGUUUCGUUAAAGGGUCCGAAAAAAAUGUAGGAGAACGAGGCGUCGGAGAAAACAAAAUCGGCGAAACUUCGUGGUUUGUCUUUAAACGAGGAAAAGGUUUGUAAACGGAGUCGAUCGAAGGAAAAUUGAUUCUCUUCGAGAAGAUGACUUUGUUACGUUACUUCCUACAAGUAUUCCCCUGGACCUCGAUAAUUCUUCGCAUUGCUAGAAACUGUAAACGAUGCCUCUGGGAAAUGUUCACGAUGCGAACAAAACUCGCCUUUUCACCUAUAAAUUCUUCUUUUAAAUCGCAAUUUUACUCAGAGGAAUUCUUUUUGGCUCAACAGUAUACUGUUACUCACGAAUCCAUAAGGCGAUUGUGAAAGUUUUGCGGUUCGAUUCGAUCCACAGGACGAACCUCCGCCUCGAACGCUUUGUCGACCAAUGUUUGACGUAUCCCUAUUAUCGAGAUGAAAUCAAUUGGCCGUUCAAGGCUGUCGAAGAGCUGUCCCCACCAUAGUUGGUUGCCUCACUGCUCUACCGUCUUUGCAAGCUCUCUUCUCAUACAGAGAAGCAAGAUACUUGACACAGAACACAGUGUUUCUGAAACUGUGGAGCCUCGAUGUUCCACGAACGUGUUGGAGACCCACAAAUUCUCGAAAGAUACGAAGAAGCAUACUAUAGAAGCAUAAUAAAUUGGAUUAGAUUCUUUAGAGUGGAACACUUUGAUCGGGGAGCCAGGUUUUAUAAUACUAUUCGAUACAAAUAAAUAAUACUUAAAAAGUCUAAAGAACACUAGUGUGAAUACACUAUAUAAAUAAACGCAAAUAAUUUUGUUAUUCGAUAGCUGGAUUUACUGCCAAAAGUAUUGCUACAUUUGCAAGAGAGGAAUGGCACAUUUGCGGACCAUGUUCCAACGAGUGCGUCUGUGAUACCGAAUGUGUUCAUGCUUUUAAUUAAUGCGUAACUAUUAUUCAGUAUCAGGCACACCUUGUCGUACUGGUAAAUGAAACUAAUUAAAAACAAAAAAAUACUCAGUGAACGGGAUUGGAACCCAUGGCCUCGAGUCAACCGCAUUCUUUUCCAUUUUGCAGUCGGACAUUUCGUUGUUAAGAUAUAAUAUGGUGGACUGAAUAAAAAUGGCGCACAGCGAGAAUCACAUUAGCGAAUUGUAAUUGCUUACAUCUGGAUAACCAAGCCUGGAAUUGUAAAUUCGUGGAUGACUUUAGAACUUUGAUUUUAUGAAUUAAACGAUGAUUGAUCUAUCGUUUUAUGAAAAUUAUAAGGUAAUACAUUAAUAUUCUAUUUAUCACAAACUGCAUUGUUGUUUCCAGAAUUGGAAAACCACAUCUCAUGUUACACGUAUAGCAGCAAGUACUGUAUCGUCUUACAAAAUUAACGUCACAGUGGGGGAAACAACGUCGAUCAGUUGAUUCUGUUUCGACGAUAUGCGAAUUAGCUGGAGACCACAGAUGGGCAAAAUUCUUGUCUGAAUAAUCUUCAACAAGCGAAAGAUAGUUUUGAAUUAUUGACUGAUAUUGAAUCAGAAUUAUAGAAUCACGUAUGUCGCGAUGAAUAAAUAAAGUUGUGACUCCACGGACUAGUCAAAGUUUCGAAUGAAUCGCUUCGCGUUGGUCUCAUUCGUCGCUUAUUAGUCGAAUAAAAUUUUGCUCAUCUCUGCUGGAGACCACACGCGUGUAGUCGAUAUCACUUCAACCUUGCUCAACCUCGAUCGCUUGCCUUUUUCCUUGCCAUAACUCGCCCGUUUUGUCCAGUGGGUCUCCCGUUCGUGGCGGUAAGAGGCAGAGUGACGAAUAACGCGAGUCACUCCCGUUUGUGAAACACACUCAAGACGCUCGUUCGUAUGGACGCGCAACGCAUACACACAGACACACAAAGUUACAGUGAGAGAGAGAGAGAGAGAGAGAGAGAGAGAGAGAGAGAGAGAGAGAGAGAGAGAGAGAGAGAGAGAGAGAGAGAGAAAAUACACAGAUUCGUUGCGAACGAAACAAAUGUUGGUAUGGUGUGCGUGCCGUUGAAUCACGCGCACACGGGUAUGUAUAUCUGUAUUUUUGUAUACCGAGGUUUUUUUCUAAUUAGUCUACCGUUUAAGCGUUUCGAGGAGGAACGGAACGAGUAAUUAGCCAUUAAGGAGAAAACUGUCGCUCUCUGCUUGCCAUUUUAGCUUGCCUCUGUCGAUCGAACGAUUACUCGGAAGGCGGCUCGUCGGAGGGACGAGAAGGACACGCGAGGAAAAGUCUGCGAAUCGGAAGGCCUUGGUCGUUUUUGGACCGAGAUCGGCAAAAUUUUUAUCAAGAUACAAACUUCAAAGAUAAACGACCCGUUUAUCUGUUAAUAGUGAAACGCGAAUUACAAUUUCAAUUGUAGACUUAAAUACUUAACGGUGAACAAAUUAGAAUUUCAUCUUCGAGCAACUUGAACAGCGUUGACUAAACGCUACAAAUGAAAUGUUAUUCGUUGUCUGUUAUCGAAUGAAAAUUUUGCCCAUCUCUGAUCCUGAAUUUCUUUGUUUUCGGAGACUGUUCGCGGUACUGAGAUUCGUGCAUGGAUAUCCCACGAAAUGUGGGAUAAAAGUUUUUUUAGUUUCUUUCUUUUCUUUUUGUUUUUAUGAAACCGCGAACAGCAAUUUUUUUGAUUCUGCGAUGUAAGAAGCACGUUUGUUUUGACGUUAUCACAUUGAUAUUAUUUUUCUUUCGAUCGAAACCUCCGACUUGACACGUCCUUCCUGCGAGUCAGCCUCAAAACUGAGAGAAUCUCUUGCGCAAGAAGCCCGUUUAACUAAACACACGAACAGAAGAAAAAAAAUGGAGAGAAAGGGAAACGAUGUGUAAAACACGUUCGAUGUGUCUUCGGGCAAUUAAGCGAUCGCCGUGCCAGACAACCUGUUCUUGUAAUUAUUAACACUCACUUAGCCAUUCGUACGAUUAUACUUAUUUCUAUUAUUAUUAUAAUAUUAUUAUUAUUAUUAUUAUUAUUAUUAUUAUUAUUAUUAUUAAUUAUUAUUAUUAUGCCUAGUUACGUUGUUAAGUGAUUAAUCAUGUUUAAUGCUUCUAUUAUUUAUUUUGUUAUCCUAUUCGCAAGUCAAGCUUCCUAUUUUUCGCCCUGUUCUCACAUUCACCUCCGCCCCCACCCUUGUUCCUCGUUUCAUCGAAAUGCCCCUGCCCAAUUUUCGUCGUCGGAAGGGUGGACAAGAACGCUCCGUGGCGUGCAUGCAUUUAAUAAAUUCAUAUCGUUCGGUUCGUUCAGGUAGCUUCUGACGAUCACGACGGAGCAGCCGAAUCUCGAGCUUUUUCCCCACCCUCCGCCAUUCGUUCUGCUUUGCAUAUCGAUGAGAAAAUAAACGAAGGAACGAAAGAUGAACGGAAAAGGGCUUUCCUCCCCUACGGGAGACGUUGCGCGAUCACGUGACUCCCGAGCGAACGCGUUCUGUUUUAUAAAUUCUUUUUUUUCUUUUUGUAAUAACGACGAACAAGUAGAAAUCGAUAAACGCUGACGAAGGUUUACUGUAAAUUAUUGAUGACGACGAUUGUGUAUGUUAAUUUAUAAAUUAUGUUGUGUUUACGAAUCGUGCCAGAAUGGAACAAAAAUAUAAUUUUUCAACGAACCCGCCACGACGCUUUUCUCAUUCUACCUAACGAUUCAUCCUGGUUUAGUUCCCAGCAUUUAAUUUUCUUCUGUUUGCUUUUCGAUUCUCAUCGAUCCUGCUCCUGCCGCCGAUUUCAGAGACGAGCAGAAUUUUAUUCGAACGACAGACGAUGGAAACUGGUCGUCAUCGCGAUCGACAAGUCGGAAUGAUUAUCACCCUAAGGCUGAAGAUUUGCACCGUGUUUAUAUCUACAGCGUUGUGCGAGCGAAUCGCGACGAUUGUUCGAGUUGAGAAGCUCAAUCGUAGUUCGAAUCAAACCGUGUCUCCGUAUCCGAGACAAAUUUCAUCCAGCAGGUAUUUUAAAUUUUUAGGUCAGGUGUUGACAAAACCUUUCCUGAGAAGGGCCGAAUACUAACAGCUUUCGACUUUGUGGGCCAAGAAGUAAGUAUCGAGGCUAUCGUGUACAUAUCUACGUAGAAAAUGAAGAAUACAAUUGACACCGUUAAGAAAACGAAAACGAUUAAUUACAAAUUCGUUUUGAUCAAUGCACAACACUGCCCGAAACGUUCUUACCUACGAUUGUAAAUCAACACGGCCUUCAUUGACGAAAAGGGCUCGAACAAAAAUUGUGAUUUUCCCUUUGUACAUCGAAAGACAAAACCGAAUCUGUAUGUUGCUGCACAUUUACGAUGGAAAUACAUAUACACGUUAAUUGUUU